AUGGGAAUUACCAGCAAGAAUGGUCCUAAAAAAAUGGGAAGGGCAAAGACAUUUACUGGGUGUUGGACGUGUAGAGGAAGAAAAGUUAAGUGUGAUCUUCGGCAUCCCCACUGCCAAAGAUGUGAAAAGUCUAACCUGCCAUGUGGCGGUUAUGAUAUCAAACUCCGGUGGUCUAAACCUAUGCAAUUUGAUCCGUACGGCGUCCCAAUUCCACAAAACUCUCCUGCAACUACCACAAACUUAUCGGGUAGUGUCGAUGAACCACAAUACCAGCGGCGCAACAUCGAUUUUGUACGGUAUGAUGAGGAGUACGUGUAUCAUGAAGAUAUGGAUGAUGAGUUAACAAUGUUGCAUACUCCUCCAAUUGAGAAAAUUAGUGACGACAAGACGUGGAUCAUUAAGAAAUUUGGAGUCUUUAAGGGAACAAAUAAGAUCGACAAGCGGUACGCUCCAAGGAAAAAGCGCAAUAGAAAAAGAGUUACCAAAAAUUUGGAGAGCUCAGGUUCAGUUUCGUUAUCCUCGUCACCAUCUUCGACUUUGUCCUUUCCGAUUAGACACAUUGAGGACAAGUUGAGGAAUAGAGGACAUGUCAAGACGGGUAUUUCUUCCGCUAGUAAUGCGGUACCACCAACACCAAAUCUUUUAGAUUACGACUGGAACAAUCUGAAUAUAACAGGGUACGAGUGGAUCUCGAGUGAGCUCAGAGAUGAUGCAUUAUUGUCUGCGGUGACCCUUCAGGGACAUCAUUUGGGGCACUUGCAACCACAGGAAAUCUCGUUUGAGGAGAAUUCCAAUAUUGUGAGCGGGGAAGAGCAGAUAAAUUCCAAAGAACAUGGACGUACCAUUGAGGCAGAUAGUCAAGAUUCAUCAACUUUACCUAGUAAAGGAACCAGUGCGAACGACAAACUCUACCAUCAAAACCUGAAGUUGCUAUUCCAGAAAAACUCUUCAAACAGCGAGGAACCGGACCCUCAAACAUUGAUAGAUGAUAUAUUCGUCAAUAUUGAACCAAGAUCUCUGCCUGCAUCCGAUCUGAAUAAAAUAGCUCUGGCUCCCCCAAAUGACGAAUCACGCAUGCCCAAGUCCAUGUUAGAACUCACAUCCUAUUCUAGUGACCUACCGUCCGAAUUGAUAGAUAUUAUACCCAAAACAGACCUCACAGUGCACGGUUUAGCGAGAUUCCUUCUAAAUCAUUAUUUUAAUAAUGUUGCAGAUAAAAUGACAGUCGUCGUGCUCGAGAAGAACCCAUGGAAAACCUUAUACUUCCCCAGGGCCCUGAUGGCGUUAGGUGAUUUAGCGGGUUUGGGGCAAUCCUCCAACUCGAGAAAUGCGUUGUUGAACGCUCUUCUUGCAGUCUCUUGUUUUCACUUGCAAAGCAAGUACCCGAGGAAUUAUAAACUGCAAAAGUACUUUCUAGGCCUGGGUAUCGAAUUAAGAAACCAGGCUUCAAACUUUCUAAGAUUAUGUUUGAACACAAAGUCAAGUAUACCUGAGAAGUAUAAAGAUGUUCUAACUGCAAUUUUAUCUAUGAACUCUAUUGAUGUUGUAUGGGGGACAAUGGCAGAUUGCCAGGAUCACUUAGCCCUUUGUGAAGACUUUGUUGAGUCAAGAAUGAAACUAAGACCUAAUAUUUCUGAAAAGGCAAAAACUUUACAUCGGAUUUUCUCAUUUCUCAAAUUAAUACAAGAUAGUACUGCAUUAGAUAAAGUCAGGGCUAAGGAAAUUGUUAUUUUACCAAGUGAAGAAGAUGAUAAUUAUAAACCAUUGGAUAUGUCAAAUGCAGCUACUGCUAAUAGUGAGUCAAGGGUUGAUGUUAUGGAGGAAGGUUUAUUCAGAGAGGCCCUCAAUGAAAGUGACGGCAAAAUACAUAUUGAAUUCGUCAAGGAGCCCAUUACAAACAUAUCUGCUGACUCUACUCCGUCUUCUAACACUCCCCCCAUUUUCACCAACAUAGCGACAGAAAGUUAUUAUAACAAAUCUGAUAUUUCUAAGCUGGUAUCGAAGACUGAUGAAAACAUAAUUGGCACAGAUUCGCUUUAUGGAUUGCCUAACUCAUUAAUAUUACUAUUUUCAGAUUGUGUUCGGAUAGUGAGACAUAAUGAAUAUUAUAAUUUGAUUUACUUACCUGUACCGAGAAAAUUCAAUGAACUUUCAUUAAAUUUCGAAAAAAGAUUAUUAAAAUGGAAAUCGGAGUGGAAUUUUCAUCAAGAAAGUUCAGAGGGGAAAAGCUUCAUAAAUCCUACCGCUGAAGCGCUAUAUCACCAUACAAUGAGCUUUUAUUUCAGUCUAAUUAUUUAUUAUUUUACAAUGGCAAGAAGUUUAAACUGCCAAUUCCUACAAAACUACGUGGCCAAAGUAUUAGAUCAUUUAAAUGCCAUGGAAGAAUUAGUGAAUCAAAAGAAGGUAAAAAUUGUCCCUUUAAUUUGGCAAGGUUUUAUGGCAGGAUGUGCUUGCACAGAUGAAAACAAACAGCAAGAAUUCAGGAGAUGGGCGGCAAAAUUAGCAGAAAGUGGGGUGGGUUCCUAUUGGGGAGCCAGGCAAGUGAUGUUAGAAGUGUGGAGACGACGGAAAGAGGAUGAACCGGGCGAUAAUUGGUAUUCUAUCUAUAAGGAUUGGGAAAUGAACUUAAUGCUAUCAUAA